AUGGCAGCAGACCUGCCUCUGGCGCUGAGGCGCACGCCUCGAAGAAGAGUGCAGCACGGAGUCAGUGAGACACCGAGGACUCCCGCCCCGGCGUCACAGCGGAAGCCCUCGCGGGCCAGUGUCGUCCGGAAGCCAGCUACCACAAGUGCAACGGCCAAGACGGCGGGCAGGGCGAUGAGCAGGAGCAAGGCCGGCGUCCCGGAAUCCGCGAGUGUUACUGCUGCUGGGGCGGACGAUGCCUCAGAUGACUCGAUCACGCUCGUCGACGACGCGGACGACAGCAUCACCGCACUAGACUUUGACAUCCCCAUCUCCUCCUCGCGGCGGUCAUCGUCCGGGGUGGGCAAGAGGAAGAGACGCCCCUCCGUCACCUCCCCAAGCAAAAAGCCGGCCAUCAAGAGGACCCGCCGCCAGACAGGCAGCAACGACAACGAGAACAACAGCGCAUCCUCCGUAGUGCACAUCCUCCCGAUCCGCACGCAGAUCCUGGACGACCACAUCAAGCGGCGGAUCCGGCGCAACGGGCUGAGCGCGGAGAUGAACGAGGCGUACGGCGAGAAGCGCGCCCGCAGGGAGAGGACGCUCGCGGAGCUGAGGCGCGCGCGGGACGAGCUUAGGUCCCGGGACGCGGAGAUUGAGCGCCUGAGGGAGCUGACGGCGUUGUUUGACGGCAACGGUGACCAUUCUCACCACCGCGACGGAGAGGGUGAGGAGGAAGCUAGCCGCGUGCAGGACCUGGAGAGGGAACUUUCCCGCCUCAGGGAGCAGGUCAUGGGCCGGCGACGGGGUGAUGAUCAUGAUGUACCGCUGUCGUCGUCGCCGCCUGUUGUGAGGGGUGAUGAUGAUGAUUGGGGCAUGAUGGGCGGGAUGUCCGAUGGCGGUAGUGACGCCGAAGGGGACUUUGAAGAUGAAUUCGGUGAGAGCUCUGUCGCCGAGCUGGAGAGCGGUGGUACCCCUGAGCAGCAUCGCCAUCACCGGCAGCAGCAGCAGUUCAAGGGCAAGAGGCCUGCCGCGCUUCACCUCCACGGACCGACGCUCACGCCGCCCAGCACCAGCCCAGCCAAGCUGCCCUCGUCGCCCGUCCGGCAGAUCCACUCGAGCGGUAGCAGUUCGGCGGCGGAGAUGAGCACCCACUCGGCCUGCGACGCUGGUGUGCAGGCCGCGGCUGUCUCUACGGAUGCUGCCUUGCAGGUUUGCACUCCUGAUCCGGGCAUGUACGCCCUCCGCGACGAACUGAACACCUUGCGCGCCGAGGUCUCGAGCCUCAACGACACUCUCUCGGAGCGUGACUCGCUUCAGGCCCGCAUGGGGGAGAAGCUAUCACAGCACAAGCUGCCCUCCUCCCCUUCUUCAGCCCAGGACGACACCGUCGUGGACCAAGACGUCGAGCUCCAACUCGACAUAGUCCUGCAGGACCUGGCCGAGAAGACCAACCGCCUCGCCGAGCUGUCUUCUUUGCUCAUGGGAUCGCCCACAGAUGGCCCCUCCACCACCGAUAACAAAGGAGAAGCCACAGCCGGGCUCGCCUCGGCCCUCCACAGCGUCCGUCAGGCCCUGGGCGACCUUGACCCGAACACCCCCCUACCGCCCGCCGCGGCGCCGACCCUCGCCCUGGCCGCAGACCGCCUGCGCGAGCUGGACACCACGCUCAAGCGGCGCACGGCCGAUCUAUCAGACCGCGACGCAGCGCUGGAGGCAAAGGACGAGCAGCUCGCAGCCGCCACAGCACAGGCCAAAGAAAAGGACGCCCGCGCCGCGAGCCUAGAGGCGGACGUCGCACACCUGGGCCAGACGAUAGCCUCCCUCCGCGACGCAGUCGCAGACCUCCAGGCCACCUCCGCGUCGCAGCAGGCAGACCUGGACGACGCACGCGACGCCGCCCUGCAACAAGGCGCCGCCGCGGCCGAGGCCGAGGCGCGGCUCGCCGAGGCGGUGGCGAAGCUGGCAGCCCUCGGCACGAGGCUUUCCGAGCGGGAGGACGCGCUGCGGGGCCGCGAGGGCGAGGUCGAGACCUUGAGGGGGGCGCUGGCCGAGGCGCGGGCUACUGUCGCGAGGCUGCGGGAGGGCGCGGCGAGGGAGAAGGGUGCGGCGCGGGAUGCGGUUAGGGCUAUGCGGGCGCAGAUGGUUGCUGCGCUGAAGGUUGGGGAGGGGUUCCUUGGGGAGGAGGGGGUUGCGAAGGAGGAGGAAGGGGUUGAUGUUGGUGUUGGUGUUGUCGGGGCGGGUGUUGAUGGGAUGGACAAGACUGCUCGUGGACGGAGUGAUGACAGUGGUCUUGGUCUGGAUGGCGAGGAGCCACAGCUUGUAUGA